CCAAGAUUUUCCAACAGGAUCUGACCAUCUUCCGACGACCAGAGGAGGGAGGAUUAACCAAGAGAAAAAAAAGCGAUCCAAAGAAAUUAAGCAUUAGACAAGACUGGCAAAGCAUCAACAUCCGCUGGCCCCCUAUUCUGGCUCUUUUUUUUUUUUUCCCAUAGGGGCAAAAUCAUCUCGGGCCUAGUGCUACAAACUUGUUUGAUUACCUGAGACAAAGUCGCCUUGUACAGGUCCAAAACAACAAAGAAAAUAAGGAAUUCCAGUUGAAACAAACCAACGGGAAUAAGCCGACUAGAUAAAAAAAAAAGACAACUCAUGGCGGCUGGCCACAUCAAAGUGGCCCUUGUAGGCCUGUCACCGACCGCCAAGACGUCGUGGGCCCAAGACGCCCACCUCCCUUACCUGCUCUCACCGCUUGGCAGGGCACGCUACGAGCUGGUCGCGCUCUGCAACCCGACGGUCGCGUCGGCCGAGGCCGCACGGGCCCGCCACAGCCUGCCCGACACGGUCAAGACCUACGGCGACCCCAGCCAGCUGGCCGCCGACCGCGCCGUCGACCUCGUCGUCUGCUGCACCGGCGUCGCAGCGGCUGCCGACUGCGGCGACGAGCAAGACCCAGACGACGGCAACGCCAAGACGGCCGCUCCCGCCCUCCGCGCCGGCAAGGCCGUCUACGUCGAGUGGCCCGUCGCCGAGAGCCUGGCCGCCGCCGUGCAGCUGGCGGCAGAGUACGCCGGCGACGGCGCCUCGUCGGCCGGUAGCGUCAGCAGCGUCGGUGGCGGCAGCGUCGCCGGGAGCGACUGCUCCAGCCCUUCGUUCCCGGGCGCCGCCAGCAACAACAGCAUCGUCGGCCUCCAGGGCCGCCUGAGCCCCGUCGUGCGCAAGGUCAAGGACAUGCUCGACUCGGGAAGGGUCGGCCGCGUGCUGAGCAGCGAGGUGCGCGCCUUUGGCACCCUGCAUCCACGCGAACCGACGAGGACGAGGACGGCACCGUCGUCAUCGUCGUCGUCGUCGUCGUCGCGCGGGGAGGGUCGUGCAGUUGGCGACGUCGUCGGCUCGUCGCUGGCCCACACGCUCGACUACGUGCACGAGGUGCUGGGCGAGUUCGAGGCCGGGACCAUGAGGUGCCGCAUGCAGGUCCAGCGGCCGAGCGUCGGCGCGCGGGGCGGCGACGACGACGACGAGGUGCCCGACGUGCCGGACCUCGUCGUCCUCCACGGGCAGCUGGCGGGCUUCCACAACGCCGCGCCCGACGCCACGCUGUCCGUCACGUACCGGGCCGGGCCGCCGUUCAAGGGCCAGCCGGGGCUGACGUGGACCAUCAACUGCGAGCGGGGCGAGAUCAUGAUCACGAGCCCCAGCGGGCCGUACCUGCACUCGGACUCGUACGCGGGCGACGGCGAGUCGGAGCAGGUCACCAUCCGGGUGCACGACUUCCUCAACGACCAGGUCAUCAACGUCCACUGGGACUGGGAGGACUGGCAGCUGGCGCUGCCGGUGCGGGCGCGCAACGUCGCGCACCUGUACGAGAGGUUUGGUAGGUGGUGGGAGAAGAUGAGGCGGCGGGAGGACGCUGUCUUGAAAAGUACCAACGGCUUCAGUAGUGUUGUUGGUGUUGGCGGCGUCGGCAAUGGUCAAGCCUUGAGGGUGGCCGAGGACGACGACUGGCCCAGGAUACAGGACGGCAUCGUCAGGCUGAGACAGUUGGAUGCCAUGUUGCGGCAGUAUAAUUCCCAGCGUCUCGAUUAGGCGCUUAGGUAAGAUGACCUAGCAUUCUGCUUUUGUUUUUCCCCUUCUCUCUCAACUUAGCGCAGCGUGAUUGUAGUUUUGUUUCUGCUUUGGUCUUCCUCUAUAAUGAACUGUUUGCAACUCUCAAUCAAAGGGGGUGGGUAGUCACGAUAUUUAUCCCACGUCAAUGUAUGGAAACAGUAAGAUCGUCAUCAUAAAUCGUCAUAUACAACAGGCUAGAUAGUUAUCUAGGUAACGUCAUAGCCCUGUCACCUUCGGCAACAAAUAACAGAGCGGCCGAAAAGCCCAUGCACAUCAGCCUCUAACCAAUGUAAACGGGCAAUCGACUCCCA